AUGGUAAACACAGUCGUUACGUUUGGAAAUAAUCGAGUUUCAUCAGAUGCACCACUUCCUAUCAUAGUUAAAACUGAUCAUAAAUCAUCUUUACAACGACGACUUUAUUUAAUUAUUGGAAUUUUAAUACUUAUCAUCAUUUUAAUUCCAACAAUAUUAUCAAUUGGAAAAGAUCCAAAUGAUUUUGCUUUUCAUAUUCUUUUCAUUGUUCAUACAAAUAUCGGAGAUGGAAUAACAAUAAUACCUAGCCUUAUUCUUUUAGCUAUUUAUAAAACGAUUCAUUAUUUAAUUCGAUAUCGUUAUUGUCGAAUUAAUUUUCGAAAAGAUUUUCUUGUUACAACGAUUCAAUUAACAAUUAUUUUAAUAUUUGUUGUAACAUAUAUUCUUUGGACAUAUUUACUGAUAAGAAAUAAAUAUCGAAAGAAAAUAACAAAACAAGCAAUUCAUUUUGUAACAAAACAAAAACGAAUAUUUUUCUCAUUGUUAAGUCUUAAUUUAAUGCUAACAAUUUCUUCAUUAAUUUUAAAUAUACGUAAUCAAGAAAAUUUUGGUCUAUACCAAAUAAUUAUGCUCUCAGUUGGAAUAUCAUUAGCUUUACUUUGGUGUACAAUAGGAGUAUUAAUGGCGAUGUUUCAAAAUUGUUUAUGUAUAACAUCAUUCUAUUUCUUGUCAAUGAUUCAACCAUUUCAUAUAAUUUAUUUGAUAUUUCAAGCAAUAAAUGAAUUACGUGGUUUAUCAAUUGAAUAUGAAAUAAAUAAUUUUUUUCCAUUAUUAAUAAUUAUUUUUGUUUGUGUUAGUACAAAUUUUCUUGUUCAUUUAUUUACAACAAUAGCUGGCUGUUGGAUGAUAUCAAAAACUGAUAAAACUAUUAUUAAUUUUCGUUGGUUAUUAGCGAAUAUUUGA